AUGGCGACCCGUCCCGUCGUCACCGACGCUUUAACGUCCUCGAGCUCUACUGUGAUUGCCACAUCCAGCAACAGCGGCUUUUCUUCUGCACCCAUCAACCCCGUAGUCGUCAGUAGCCACAAUCACCGUCGGCGCUUUCAAAGCAACAGCUGGUUCGAAGGCGACUUGCCGAAUCAGAACAACGUCACCGAGGACUUGCCGAAUCAGAUUGAUUGGACUAGUAAGUCACCACCGAAUCAGAAUCGAGGCAUCACGAGCGACUUGCAGAAUCAGACCAAUGGCAUUCGCGACCAUACCUCGAGCAGCUACAAACCUCUGAAUAAGAAUAGAAGCACCAAGACACGACCGUUUCGCGCUGCAUCGCCUGGUAGCCCCUCGUACUCAUCAGGUGAAGCAAACAACGACGACCGCUGGAGUGACAACGACCCGGAGAGACCACGAUCGAUUCAGGCACUGCCUUUCGCUGUCCUUGGGCAGUGCCGCGCUGCUGCAGCUGAGAAAGCAUCGACACGGCAGUGA